CCAGACCCAGAGAGGACAACUUCAUUACCCCCGUUCACCCACCCAAUUAGGAACCAGAUGGCGCUUCUGGCCAAUCAAAUCAUGGAUGCAAGAAUUCUCAGCAGCAUGAACGGGAGGGUGGAGCUCUCUCAGUUCCUGAGAAUCACCAAUCAGAACAUCGUCUCCCAGGUCAAUUCUGCGCAGGACGACAGCCGCAAGAACAGGAAGUACCCCUGCCCGUUGUGUGGGAAGCGUUUCCGCUUCAACAGCAUACUCUCCCUUCACAUGCGCACUCACACUGGUGAGAAGCCGUUUAAGUGUCCGUACUGUGACCACAGGGCUGCGCAGAAGGGCAACCUGAAGAUACACCUCCGUACACACAAGCAAGGCGUUCUUGGAAAAGGCCGUGGAAGGAUAAGGGAGGAGAACCGGCUGCUUCAUGAGCUCGAGGAAAGGGCGAUACUAAGAGACAGACAGAUGCGAGCUGGUAUUGUUAGCCAACAGCAGCCGCCUUUGUCCAACACAAACCAGACUCAAAGGGUUUGUCUGCAGACCAUCCCAACAGAUCCUCAAUUCUUAAACAAUUCCAGUGCACCAGAUCUGCUGUCCCACGCGUCCACCUCUCCCAAUGUGACGACCAUUCCAGAAGAGCCCGUCCAGGCCCAAACCGCCGGCUUCCGCUGCUCGUUCUGCAAGGGAAAGUUCAGGAAGCAGCAGGAGCUAGAGCGCCACAUCAGGAUUCUUCACAAACCCUACAAAUGCACUUUGUGCGAGUUUGCCGCUGCGCAAGAGGAGGAGCUCAUUGGCCACGUUGAAAUGACACACAUCACUGCUGAUUCAUGUUCAGGGCAGAAAGUGCCAAUGGGAGCAGGUGACAAGGGGAAGCCCGUAGGUGAAUUCCCCUGCGAAGUGUGUGGCCAGACCUUCAGUCAGGCCUGGUUUCUUAAGGGCCACAUGAGGAAACACAAGGACUCUUUUGAGCACUGCUGUCAAAUAUGUGGCCGUCGUUUCAAGGAGCCCUGGUUUCUCAAGAAUCACAUGAAAGUCCACCUCAACAAGCUGGCAGCCAAGAGCAGCGUUCUCACCGAUCGAGACAGCUCCGUCGACAUGAGUAAUCUAACACGGGAUCAUCCAAGCAACCUCUACUCCCAAUACAUCUCCAGCUUCCACAACAGGUUCCAUACGCCCGACCGGCCAGACUUACCAGAUUAUGACCACGUGAUGGCCACAGCAGGUUCUGACAUGAAAGUCAGGGAGAUGUUAGGGAGGAUGAUUUCCUCAGGCCCGCUGACAGAUGCAGAGAGUUCUUCUUUGUUGGGCUUGAACCAUCUCCAUCCUCCUCUCAGCUCCACUAGCAUGGAAUAUCUGCAGAAGAUCAUCUCUAACAGAGAUGCUUUCAAAAACAACAGCAGCUAUGCAGGUUGGCAGAUUGUAGCACCUGGGCCUCCUAUCGAUCGACAAAUGUUCAGAGCUAAAGAUCCUCAUCAGCAGCAGCUGCAGCAGUGCUCCUCCUACUUGCCGGAGAGAUGUCUGCCUGUAGAGGAUGGGAAACUGUGCCUUGGUGACCCAGACACCCAGACCAUCAGCAGAGCUGAGAGUCCGGGCAGUGCGAGUCACCACGGGCCGGCAGACGCGAUCCCAGAAACGGGGAGCUCUCACUCCGGUGGUGCCCUGGACCACCAGCCACAGCCUUCCCCUCCAGCUGCAGGUGAGAAAGUCUACAGGUGUCCGCUCUCCGGCGACUACACCGCCCAGAUCGGCUUCCACCUGGACCGCUACGGUUUCCCUCACUGGCAGAACAGCACAGCUCUUUCUCCUCCUUUGCAGUCCAGCGUUAGCAGCAGAAGCUCCAGCCCCAAACCUAAGCUCAGACCCCGAUCCAGUGGGGACUUGAGCCCUGCAGCCGGUCAGUUCGUAGGUCCGGAGAGCCACAGCGAGACGGUCCUGACUGUCAACAAGCCGACCAGUCACACAGAUGACGAUGGAGGUGUAAACAUCUCUGUAUCCAGUCCAACCAGAAAGUCCCAGCAUGAACCUUUGGAUCUGUCUGUCAGGCCUGAAUCUGUCACGUCUCAUCCAGCCAUGUCUCCUGCUGUACUGCUGCAGAUGUCUGGCCUUUUUAGUAAUGGGCUCUCGUCCGCCGUUGCCCGCCGGCUACAGAGUUACUCUAAUGCACCGGCUGAACUCAGUAUGAAACCCGCAUAUCAGUGUGACCUUUUGGUGCACAGAACACAAGAAGAGAUGCACUCACAAAAUGUAGGCUCGGUGGGUCACGAUGAAGAGGGGGAGUUUGAGAAAUCUGAGCAACGUAAGGAGGACAACGAUGAUGCUGCCAUGUGGAAGAUGCUGAGUGUUCUGGAGUCAAAGGAGAUGGGACAGCCCGGUGCUGCUUUUGAGGCUCCAGGAGAGAAGAAGCUUGGACUGUGGGGGAGAGCCGCGGCUGAAUCUCCCAUCUCCUCUUUUGAGAGCUUGACUCCAGAUCCGCUCAUGCACCAGGGGGCUCUGCUGUCCUUCCUCAGAUCCCAGGGGAACCUCAACACCACGUCUGCCAGUGCCCAAAAAGCCAACAUGAGCAUGGAGAAAGAUGCUGCACCAGCUCCCGACUUUGCCAGCCACAAGGAUUCAGCGACAGAGUUCCAAAAAGAGUUUUUGGCAGUAUCUCAGCCCUCAUCCCCCAACAGUGGGAGUGUGAAGACUCGGAAGCCAUUCCAGUGCAGGUACUGUCCAUAUAGUGCCUCUCAGAAAGGAAACCUGAAAACCCACGUCCUGUGCGUGCACCGCAAGCCCUUCGACAACAGCCUCUACCCUGACCGCCGUCUCCGACGCUCACACACGCCCCAGGCGCCCUCCAGGUUGUCUGUGAGUGCCACGGGAGACAACCGUGCGUCAGGGAGAGACCACAUCAGUGUGACAUCGCUGUGUGGGACUUGAUGUUGUCAUAGCAACCGCAGAUACAGACAGUUAUGAAUAUUGUUUUAGCCUCACCUUGAAAAGGUUAGGAUGAUCGAGACUGUUAAAGAAAAAAAAAUGUUACCAACCUUGAUGUACAUUCCAGUGUUUACUUGAAAAGCCACAGUACGUAUUUAUCUGUAGCAAGAAAACUGACAAAAAAACAACAAAAACACAACUGCUGCCUAUGAUAAUAAAGUCCAUUGUGAUGUGAACGU